AUACGCACUGUCCGAAAUUUGAGAGAACACAACUCGCAUGCCCACCAAUCUAUCCACUACCAAGCAGCGAGGAUGGGUUUCGCUUUUCCUCCUCCAACAUUCUCCAUGGGAACUUUUCUUCUCGCCCUGAGCAUUUUCCUAGUGUUGCCGGAGCUUUCAGCAGGCAUCACUAGGCACUACAAGUUCGAUAUAAGGUUGCAGAACCUGACGCGAUUGUGCCACACACGGAGCGCGGUGACGGUGAACGGGCAGUUCCCGGGGCCUAAGAUUGUUGUAAGAGAAGGCGAUCGGGUCGUUGUGAAGGUGGUCAACCAUAUUCAGAACAAUAUCACCAUCCACUGGCAUGGCAUCCGGCAGCUUCAAAGUCAGUGGGCCGACGGCCCAGCAUACAUAACCCAGUGCCCCAUCCAGACGGGCCAAAGCUACGUCUACGACUUCACAAUAACAGGGCAGAGAGGCACGCUCUGGUGGCACGCUCACCACUCCUGGCUGAGGGCCACGGUCUACGGACCCUUCAUCAUCCUCCCCAAGCGUGGCGCCUCUUACCCCUUCCCCAAACCCCACAAAGAAGUUCCCAUGCUCCUCGGUGAAUGGUUUAACGAAGACCCUGAGGCUAUCAUUUCCCAGGCCCUUCAGACCGGUGCAGGCCCAAAUGUCUCCGAAGCUCACACAAUUAAUGGUCUGCCUGGUCCUCUGUACAAUUGCUCCGCCAAAGAUACGUUCAAGCUGAAGGUGAAGCCCGGAAAGACGUACCUCCUCCGGCUGAUCAACGCUGCACUCAACGACGACCUCUACUUCAGCAUUGCCAACCACUCCAUGACCGUCGUCGAGACCGACGCCAGCUACGUGAAGCCCUUCGACACGGACACCAUCCUCAUCGGGCCAGGCGAAACCACCAAUGUUCUCCUCCGCGCCAAGCCUGCCUCACCAAAUGCCACCUUCUUCAUGGCUGCCAGGACCUACAACACCGGUCUCGGCACCAUCGACAACACCACCGUCGCUGGCCUCCUCGAGUACUCGUGCACUUCGUCCAGCUCCAUCAAAAAGCUCCCGCUCCUCAAACCAACCCUCCCAGCUAUCAACGACACUGCCGCUGCUGCAAACUUCAGCACCAAGUUGCGCAGCCUGGCGAGCACGCAGUUUCCGGCCAAUGUGCCCCGAACCGUGGACCGGCGUUUCUACUUCACCGUCGGGCUCGGCACGAGACCGUGCCCCAAGAACCAGACAUGCCAGGGGCCCAAUGGGACCAAGUUCGCUGCAUCCAUCAACAACGUGUCGUUUGUUUUCCCAUCCAUGGCUCUCCUCCAGGCCCAUUACCUGGCGCGGUCCAACGGGGUCUACACGAGCGACUUCCCCCACAACCCUCCGUUCCCAUUCAACUACACCGGGACUCCACCGAACAACACCUUUGUGAGAAACGGGACCAGGGCGGUGGUGCUUCCCUUCAACACGAACGUGGAGCUAGUCAUGCAGGACACCAGCAUUCAAGGUGCGGAGAGCCACCCAUUGCACCUCCAUGGCUACAACUUCUUCAUCGUCGGCCAAGGCUCCGGUAACUACGACCCCGUCAACGAUCCAGCCCGGUUCAAUCUUGUGGACCCGGUCGAGAGGAACACUGCCGGAGUGCCGUCCGGCGGAUGGAUUGCCAUCCGAUUCCGGGCUGAUAACCCAGGUGUGUGGCUCAUGCACUGCCACUUCGACGUGCACCUGAGCUGGGGACUGGUGAUGGCGUGGGUCGUCAACGACGGGGCACUCCCCGGACAGAAGCUGCCACCACCGCCGUCCGAUCUUCCGAAGUGCUGACAUUGACCGCUGGAUUUGAACCCGACACUUUCCGUUUAAUUUGGGGUUUUUGUUAGGCUGUUUUUCUUAAUCUCCUCACUUUUGGUUUUGCGAAAAUAUCGGGCCGUAAAAAGGGGCUUCGUUUGGGUGUGUUGUUUUUGGCAAUUAGGCUGGAGAAAUAACUUGUGAAACGCACGUGGCACCUUCUGCAAGUGCCAUCUUGAUGUUUGCUGUCUUUCUGUAAUAUCUUUUUCGUGUUUUCCAAUAAAGUUCAGCUCGAUUUAAUUA